AAAAAAAAAAAAAUCACUUUUUAUCGGAGUCUUCGAGGAGAGAGAGAAUUGCCGUCCGAUGGCUUGCGGCCUGAGACUGAAGGUUUUUACUCCCACGAAUCCAACUUACGAAGAUAGGUUCACCGGAAUAUGCAACCCUAAUCCAUCUCCGAUUAUCCGGCUUCCCGGACGGCGAACCCUAGCUUCUGUAUCCCUACAAUCUGCUAAUACCUCCCACUUCACUUCUACAAUUGAAUCUUCCCCUUCUCCUGUUCUUCAAUUACCUCAAUGGAACCCAACGCAACAUCACAUCGUAAUACUCAACGCAAUUGCUUGUGCGGUGGCCAUUUCUGCAACUUGGCUCUUUUGUUCUGCUAUUCCAAAUCUUUUGGCUUUCAAGAGAUCAGCUGAAUCAAUGGAGAAGCUGUUAGAUAUGACAAGGGAUGAACUUCCUGAAACAAUGGAAGCUAUCCGGUUGUCUAGUAUGGAGAUCAGUGACUUAACCAUGGAGCUCAGUGAUCUUGGGCAGGAGAUUACUCAAGGUGUUAAGAGUUCCACAAGAGUGAUUCAUUUGGCUGAGGAAAAGUUGCAAAUGCUAACAAACACGAGGCUGCCAGAUUCAAAGAAGGAUAUGAACAUCACAACUGCAAAGAGAGUCAAAGAAGCGAUUUUGAAAGGUCGAUCUAUCUUUCAAGCCAUCUCUGCAAUGGCCAGAUUUUCUAAGGUUGCCUUCUUUAAAUUUGGGAAAUCUGCAUCAAAACCCUAAGGUAAGAUUUAUAUCCUCCUUCCCACAAUUUGUAUGUUAUUUUAAUGGGUAUGUUAAUUUACAGGUAUUUAUUCUUCGGGGUUGAAUGAAUGAAUCGUUGCGGAGACAAAGGACAAGUAGGGUUCAAUCAUUUAUUUAGGUUUUUCGCUAUGGAAAGCAAAUGAAAUAGUUGUUUUUUUGUAUAGAACCUUGAUAAACAGCUUGACCCAUUAGUUAUUUGUAAUUAAAAAGAAUUGCAAUUCAAUGUCUCCUCUAAUAUAAAUUUCUUUUUUUUCUA